GAUGGCGUAUGCGGUUGUUUUGCCGCAGGGACACUGAACAAAUUCUAACGUUAUAGUUUAAAUUCGCAAACAUUGCGGUAGCAUAUUUGUUAUAAAGUGUUUUUGUUAAUCGCGCAAAUCUAAAGAGCAUCUACAAUGAAAGGAAAAGAGCGGUCGCCGGUGAAAAAGCGUUCAAGGGCCUUGGAUGAUAUACGAGACAGGGGAGGAAGCCACCCAGCCAGUAAGAAAAUGGGGGUGAACUCGAUUUCUGGCGGUGGAAGCAACAACGGUAACAGUUCGUCUAAAAGCGAAGGAGGAUCUGCAAGACGAGGAUUAAUCGGUGAGAAAAGAGACAGUCGAGAUUUUGACGGACAUGUAUCUAGUCGGACUGGAAAUAAUCACGGUUACACCAGCCCAGUUGCAAGCUCGAGCGGCAAGAAUCACGCCUCGAGCCUGUCUUUAGAGGCGGCUGCGCGCUCCAAUUCGCGCGGAGAAUCGCGCGCGGCGCUUCCCACGAACGAAAGUGAGUACAAAACUUUAAAAAUCAGCGAGCUCGGCUCCCAGCUGAGCGACGAGGAAAUAGAGGAUGGCCUUUUCCACGAAUUCAAAAAAUUCGGGGACGUGAGUGUCAAAAUCAGCCGUGUUAACGACGAAAGAAUCGCAUUUGUUAACUUCAGGAGACCCGACGAUGCAAGGGCUGCUAAGCACGCGCGAGGCCGGUUGGUGCUGUACGACCGUCCUUUGAAAAUCGAAGCUGUUUAUUUGAAUAGGAGGAGAAGUCGGUCUCCGGUUGACAAGGACCAUUUUUCUGUCGUCGCAGGCCAUAGACAUUUGCAUACUCAGAGGCCACUCUCUCCAACUGGUCUGGGCUACAGGGAUUACAGGUUACAGCAGUUAGCCCUGGGUCGGCUUCCUCCUCCCCCACCCCCGCCAUUACCCAGAGAGCUUGAAAGAGAAAGAGAAUUUGCCUUUUAUGAAGCAAGAGCAAGGCCUGCCUACAUUGCAGAGCGGGCCGCUCCUUUUCGUGAGGAGGACUUCAUCUCUCCAGAGGACGAUCAGAGAGCCAACCGCACACUGUUUCUGGGUAAUUUGGAUAUUACAGUCACUGAAAAUGAUUUGAGAAGAGCUUUUGAAAGAUUUGGGACCAUCACUGAGGUGGACAUUAAAAGACCCACCCGGGGCCAAAGCAGCACCUAUGGCUUUCUUAAAUUUGAGAACUUGGACAUGGCCCACAGAGCAAAAAUCAGUAUGUCUGGAAAAGUCGUUGGCCGUAACCCUAUUAAAAUUGGUUAUGGCAAAGCUACCCCGUCUACACGCCUAUGGGUGGGCGGGCUCGGACCUUGGGUUCCUCUGGCUGCAUUAGCGAGGGAAUUUGACCGCUUUGGCACUAUUAGAACUAUAGACUACAGAAAAGGUGAUACCUGGGCUUAUAUUCAGUAUGAAAGCCUGGACGCUGCGCAAGCAGCCUGCACACACAUGCGUGGAUUUCCUCUCGGAGGUCCAGACAGGAGACUAAGGGUGGACUUUGCUGACACAGAGCACCGCUACCAGCAGCAGUUUCUGCAGCCCCUUCCUUUGCAACACUAUGAAAUUGUCGCCGAGUCUUUUGUCCACCGUGCCACCCCUGAGGCCAUCAGAGUCAGAGAACGGACUCCUCCACCACUGCACUUCAGAGAACGAGAACUGUACGCUGGGGCCGAGUGGCCGGCGCCUGCCAUUCGUGAACGUGUCAGAACUCCUGCUUUUGAGCCCCUAGAACACUUAGAACGUGAGCGACGGCGAGAGGCGUGGUCUCUGGAGCGAGAGCUGCCAGGAAGAGACCUUGGGCGUAAACGUAGGCUCAUGGAGGAUGGGAGACAUCUGGAGUGCUCACCUGACAGCAGCAGCGAGUGGGGUUCGCGGCGCCGGAGACCUCCGUCCCUUGAGGGCAGCCCGGGAGGGAGCAGCCGUGACGGGCGGUUCAGUGACUCUGAGCGGCCAGCGAGAGCAGAUCGAGCAAGCCCAGCACGAGAGAGUCGCAACUGCCUGGACAGAGCCUCUGGUGAGAAACGCAACAAAAACAGCAGCAGCCUAUCAGAGUCCAGUGUCGGCGCAAGCCCAGCAGAGAGAAAACGCAAAGCGGGCGAUUCAGCCAAAGGUGCUUCCAAAAGAGACCGAUCUGAGAGCGGCUCCAAAAGCAGCCAGGCCUCAAAGCAGGAAGCAGGUGGGAAGCUGAGCAUGGCCUGGAAUGGCAUGUUACUCCUGAAGAACAGUAACUUCCCAGCUAGCAUGCACCUCCUGGAGGGAGAUCUCAACAUUGCCACCAGUCUCCUCAUUGACGGCAGCACGAGCGGUAAGGUCACUCAACUACGCAUCACACAACGCCUUCGCCUCGACCAGCCCAAGAUCGACGAAGUGUCUCGCCGCAUCAAAGUCGCAGGCCCGGGCGGAUAUGCGGUUCUACUGGCAGUACCAGGCAGCUCUGAGGAGACUUCAUCUUCGGACCCAGCAGCAUCAACACAGAGGCCCCUGCGCAACUUGGUUUCAUACCUGAAGCAAAAGCAGGCAGCUGGGGUCAUCAGUUUACCCGUGGGGGGCAGUAGAGAUAAGGACAACAGUGGGGUCCUGCACGCAUUCCCACCCUGUGAUUUCUCUCAGCAGUUCUUAGAUUCUUCUGCGAAAGCUCUUGCCAAAACAGAAGAGGACUUCCUGGUCAUGAUCAUUGUUCGAGGAGCAUCUUAAAAAGUCAUAACACAUGCUAAAGUGUUGUUUAAUGCAAGCUUCUCUAAAUGUCUCUUAAUUGCAUGCUCUGUAAAGCAGAAGUGGUACAACAGUAAAGGGCAUAUUUCAUUACCUGCUCUGCCAAACGUACAAAAAAAAGAAAAAAUGGCCCAUUUAUAUAGCAAAAUUGUGUUCUAUGGCAAUAUAUUUGUUUUCUGUUGCAAGUUUAUUCAGAUCUAGUCUAGUUUUUGAUAAGUUGUUCCCUGCAUACAGGAAUGAAUGCAACUGGGCAUAUUAGACUAGAAAUUUUUAAUUUGAAAUUGGUAAUUAAACACUAUCAACAUGUAUUUCAGUCAUCCCUGUACAAAAUAAUUUCUGUUCAUGUUGGUUUAUGAAGUUAUCAUUUGAUCUCAUUUAAAGGCAACUUGGGUUCAUGUGACUUGAUGCUUUGAACAAUCAUUUAACGAUGGCAAGUGUAAUAUAGGUAUAUUGUCAUGUAGGCAACUUAAACAGGAAUAAUAUUUUGCUCAUUGAACUGCAUGUUGAUACUAGUGCUCUACAGUAGACCGUUGCAGAGGUUUAUCCAGCUAAUGUACAAAGAUAGUCGAUAGCUAAUGUCAUCAGUGUUAUAUUGAUCUAAAAACUAGAAAACUUAUUAACUACUUAAAUUCCCCUAUUGCAUUGAAUACAUUGUGAAUCUAUUUUCAUGAUAAAGUAAAUAUUUCUAAGCCCUCCUAGACCAAAGCGUAAUGUCAAGGCAAGUGUGUUUAAAGACGAAAGAGGUAUUCUGAAAUGUUUCUGUGUUUUGGGUUACAUUUCAAGGUUUUUUGAUGGAUGCAUUCUGGUUUCAAAAAGAGAAGUUAUUGUUCAUUGACUGUUAGAUUUUAUUAUGCGUGUCAGAGGAAUAAUUUGAUUGCGAAAGGUUUUAUUUUAUUUUUAUCCCAUAGGACUGUCAAAAAUAAACAGAUAAACAGUUUACAGUCACAUUAAUAAUGGUGUUCUGGAGGUUUUUUAGUUCACCUAGAAAUUUAAGUCUGUUAUCAUUUACUCUCAUAUAUUGAAGCUGGGUGGCUUUAUUUGUGUGUGAAUUAUGUGUUUAAUGUCACUUUUCACAUGCAAUGAACAUUUUUGGUAAUUUAGCCUGUCAGUCCUUAACAUUCACUUUAAAAUCUUUUUGUGUUAAAUAGAAAACAGCCAUAUGGUUUUACAACAUAAGAGUGAGUAAAUGAUAACAGAUUGACUUUACCUUUGGCCUAUAACAUAUUUAGCUAGAUAUGCUAUGUGAAAAACAAUUGGAUUACAGGAAACAUAAUGUGUUUAACCAUCUUAGACAAAUGUAAAAAAUCUUGUACAUUUGUACAACUAAAGAAAUUGAUGCCCUUAAGAUUGGUUCUUGUGCAUCUGUAAGACAGUUCUACAUUUUAUUUUACUGACACCUUAGUUGACAGUGUAAAUCAAAUGUUGAAGUACAUUAUUUUGUUAAAAAACUAUACAUAAGGUGCUUUAUGUUUGAAAUAUUACACAUGUUGUGAUUCUUAGGUGUGUCAUUGUUUAAAUGGUUUUAAAAUGACAGUCUAUACUUUCUCUAAAAUCCUGAAAGGGUGAAAUAUGUGUUCUUAGUCUGUUUAGCAAAUUGCAGUGUAUUGAUCAGAUGAAUAACUAACAUAUUUUCAUGUCUGAUUUUUCUAUUUACACAAAAAUUUGUGUUUUAAAAGUUGAUCAGUUGUUAUAUAAUGACACCUUGUUUGUGUACAUGAAUGAGUGGACAUACUGUACCGGACUCACAGGACAGGAAAGUGACCGUUCCACGCUUGCAAUUCACAUGGCUGGAACCAGAAAUGAUUGUUUGAAAUAAUUCAGGAGCACUUUGGAUGCACGAGGGCAAGAGCUUUCCAUUUAUUGUUAGUUUACUCUCACAGAGAGCAUCUUCCUGCUUGUGUAAUUGUUUUUGUGCUUACGGUUCCCUUAUUUAAACGGAAAUAAUGACACUCUUGAUUUGUGCUGUGUUUACCUGAUUUCUUGAUUGAGAGAAAGAGGAAUCAGUCACUCGCGCAGCUCUGACGUGGCUGUUUGUACACGCAAAAAGUGCACUGGCCCCUCAUUUGGUUAUAUCACGCUGUCAAUAAAUUGUUUCAUUUGAGGAAGAAAUGUUUAUUCCUUGGAAAUGAAUUGAAGAACGCCCGCCGCUGCUUUUUCGGUUGUGUUUCGGGAGGAAUUGUUGCUCAAUUGCUUGUUUCCGAUCAGGAAAGAAGUUCUCCCCUUUGUUUUCGGCUCAGGAUCAAUGAUGGCGGUGAGAGCAAGGGAGAGAGCUCUUAUGUUGCCCAGGGUAUUGUUGAUUUGUGUUUUCCUGGAGUUGCCCCAUGUGCUGUUUAACCGAGGGCCCUGCUGCCCCCAACCCUCAAACAGAUCAGGGAGAAGGGUUCUGUUCUGCUGAGCGUUGAGGGAGUGGAGGGAUGAUGCUCGCGCAGACCUUCAUCUAAACUGAAAUAACUGUUUCGGCGCCUUCGCUGUGGUCUUUGAAUUCUCACAGGUGUUUCCUGCCACAAGCUUCCAUAUACGUACCUCAGAUGGAAGUAUCCAGGCUUGCUGUAAGCUGGCCGGCCUCUCAGCUGUUUCACACAUGCGUUGCCAGCACGACUACCAGCAUGUUUCAGGCCGAAUGAACCUGAUUUCCAAAUCAGAGGAGCAGGCGUUUGUUUAUUCCAUCCUUUGAUUUCUUCUGAUAUGAUUUUGUUUCGCUCCAUUGAAAUUCAGUGAAGGAAGAGGAUUUACAUGAUCAAAGCAAAUUAGAAAAGCAUUUUUAGCCUUCAGUAUCGUGUGCGUCUUGAGUUGAUAGUUUUAUUUCUUAAACGUUUGUUUUCCAAGAGAUUUUUAAAACACGUCCACUGAGAUGAUCGUUGCGUGGUAAAUUGACACUUUCCGUUAUGAAGAAACCCUGAAAGUAUUUCCCACUGCCAGUGUGAAUUCCUCCAGCAUUAACAAAUGGAGUUUGCUUGCAAGGAGCUUCGUCUAGACUCUAGAGGAAGAGAAGUCUCACUAGUAAGAAGUCCAGUCAGCUGCAUCACUUCUCCAGCAGUUCGUUCAGGCCUCUGAAUGAUAGACGUGAGGAUUCAGACCAGUGAACUGGUGUGGGUGGUGAGUAGGGGGAAUAUACUUCUUACUGGGCCAUUAGACUCAAAGUCUGCCUGCCCGGUACAGGUAAGUGUCAGUAAAGCAACAGAAUAACAGGAAAUGCACUUUACCAUUGAUGUCAAGGUCUGUAAUUUCUAAAACUUAAUUUGUUUAUCUGUUUUUUAAUUACGAUUUUUUGUGUUAAGGGAGCAAAGAAGGUUAUGACAUUUUACUCCAACUACUUA